AUGAAUCAUCUGAUUGAAUUGCUUACAGCUUGUAUAUCGUAUGAUGAAAGUGGUGCUAUUGAUAUGAGAUCCUAUUUAAUUGAGCCUGAGUACUUUGAUCCAGUCUGGCGUUUGUAUUUUGAUCCACUGAUCAUUAAAUCGGUGAAGUGUUUCGACGAUCGAGCUGAAGAAGAGGCGCCCGGUCAGACAGCUUAUUCGGCUUCCAAGUCGAUUAAAGUGACAUGGUCAGAUGGUCGAGAGGAUUCAUACGAUGAUGGAAAUGUUGAUGCUCGUGACCGAAUCGACGAUCUUGUUCAUUGGGCCCUAGAUGCUUGUACAAAUCAAGAACAAUUGAUGAAAUUGCUCGAUUCCAUUCAUUUGAGUCUCAGUAAUCCAAAUCAUGUUCUGUCAGCUUGGAUUCGCUUGUACCGUCACUUGACAACACUCACUAUUUUCAAUGCUGGCAUCAAUCAAAAAAUGUUCGAACAUUUGUUCGACGUCGAUAUGAAUUCACCACCGGAAAUUCUUAAGUUAAUCAAUGAUUUGUUUGAAAUAUGGCCUCGAAUCCAUGAUCUGCCAAUCAGUGAAUCUAUUUCGUCUAAUAUCUCCCUGUUGAUCCAGAAGAUUAUUGCUUUUGGAACAAAAGAAUCAUGCACACUCAUCGAACGAUUCAUCGAACAAAUAAGUUCUCUAACACCAGCAAAAAAUGUUCGUGGUCAUCUUUGUUUCUAUAUUUUAUUGCGCGACACAUUAAUACUUUCCACUACCGCCAACUUGACAUCAGCUAUUAAAAAAGUUGAUCUACCUACCAUUCUCUGGUAUGCUGACUAUGUUCUAUCUAACAAUGAACAAAUCGAUCAACAUCUGUCGUGUCUAUUGUCUAUUCUCAAAGCUGUCAGUAUCUUUACCGAACAUGAUCUUCUUCACCAGUGGACUCAACGAACAGCAGCACGACCUGAAUUGAGACCUGGUUUUCAAUUGAUUGAAAGUUCCCUCUGUCCGACGAGUACGUUGUCCAAUUAUGUACUGAAUUCAUCAGCCGAUAGCAUUCAGCAACUUUUGAUCUGCAUCAAAUCACCACUGGCCAUUGAAUAUGCAAACAUUUUUGUAUUAAUUCUCGAAAAUCUUUCUGGUAGUAAUCAAGCACAAAAGCAUCUAUUUCGGUCUGAUGCCUACGUUGAGCUUCAGAAGUGGCUAGAUACGUUAACUUCACCGAACUGCGAUUCAAUCCAAUCGACAAUCAUCGCUCGCAUUCUUCGUCUUCUACUCAGCAUGGCGUAUUCGACAUAUUUCAAAAAUGCCGAUGAAAUCGCUAAAUUCCUUCUCUGUGACUAUUUGGCCAAGAUGAUGACUGUAAACUUCGAAAAUAAUAAUCCUCUAGCACGCAUUAUUGUCUUUCUAUCUUGGAUCUCUACCGCCGAUUCCUCUUUGGAUGUCAAGAAGGUUUUAAAUCUUUUAUUUCAAUCACUAAACGGAGAACGAUCUGUUGUUGCACCCUGCACAUUACAUCUUCUUUGUCUUUCACAAGAGAUUACCAAACCGUCGUCACAUGACACAUUAACAACGUUAUUCUCCCAAUUUUUACCUGAACUGCUGGGCAUUUUGGCCCAGAGUGGACAAUUAAAAUCAGCAGCAAAGAUUAUUCUUGCCGAAGUUUUGAAUUUAUCACCGACUGAACGUGAAGCUCUUAAUCUGAAUGUUGCAUCUAGUAAUGACACCGAUUCGAAUCUCGAACAAGAACUGGAUGAUAUCAAAUCAAAAGAACAUAAAUUCUUCUCAAUCGAAGCUAAAAAUAAACAAGAUUAUGUUCAAGUACGAAUUGGAGAUUUUAAUCAAGCUGAAAAACUUCUGAAUACAUUGCAAUCAUCUAAAUUCGAUCAAAUGGAUAGUCUUCUUCGAAACUAUCUGCCACAUACUCAUCAAACGUCACUCAGUUCGACACCCUCCACAUGCACCGACAAAACAGAUCAAGGUCGUCUCACUUUGACACCAACAGCAAGAGAAAACGUAUUGAAAGUGAUGGAAGUCAUCAAUGAUCCUACUCCAAUCUUGCUCGAAGGAAGUACAGGCGUCGGUAAAAGUGCAAGUGUAAUGGAAGCUCAGAAACAAUAUCGCGAUAUAAGAUCAAUGGGUGAAAAGCGUGCUGGUCUCGGGGGGGGGGGGGGGGGGGGGGAAGGACACAAGUUAGUGUCGUAA